AUGUACAUUCCACAAAAACGUCAAAAUGAAACGUAUAAGAACAACAUAUUUAUUAUCUGUGCCGUGAGCAUCAUAUUUGCAAUCGCACUCUGUGUAGGCACCUUCUUCCUGCUCCGCUAUCUACGACAACGUAACUACGAACCGAAAUACCUUCCGGGCAAAUACCUCAAGCGAAAAUGGAAAGAAUGGGGCCCACGGAGUGGCUCAUACGGCCAGGUCCCGAAUCAAAGUGGCCGAGAUACCUCUUAUCGUGGAGCCGGCACAGCACCAGAAAUGCAGACCACUGAUGGCGUCCGUCGCGAUACCUCCAUCCGUUCGAUUAUGACCCUACCCCCUUAUUCCCAAAGCCCGAAGCCGACCGAACAAGUCAUCGCCCGAGAGGGUGAACGCGGCGGGAUGGAUAUGGUCGUGGAAUACCCGGAAACUGCGGAAGAACAGGAAACUCGCCGUGAGGAACAGAUGGACUCUAUGUACCAGAUUCGCCUGCAGCGCCGUCAGGAACUAGCCGAUCGCGAGGCACGCCGUCGGGAGCGACGAGAAGCCCGGGCGCGUGGGGAUUCCGCUCGUCUUGAGCAGCUGAAUGCUGAAACUCGCGCACGGUCGGAACGUCGCCGUGCAGGAACCAAUAGUGCAGUCGACGUAUCCGCGCUUCUAGCUGAGCAUCAGUCGAGAGAGCGGGACCGACGCAUCUCUAGUGUGAGCUAUGCUGAAAUUGGACGUGUUCGCCAUGAUGGAUCACGCCUUCGGGCCGACUCACACAAUUCCGACUUCCAAGAUUCGGAUAGCCGACCGCUGUUGCAAAGUGACGCCGUUAGCUCCGCCGCGCCAUCUUUUGAACCAUCCAGCCUCGACUCUCGCGGCCAGUCCAUUGCUUCGUCGAUUACGAGUGAAUCACAUCACUCUACUGAGCUUGAACGACUAACUCUGGCCCCCACUACGACGCACGGCUCGAGCCGACCAGUGUCACAAACUGAUGACGGAGAUCUGGGGACGCUGAAUAUUCCUCCGCCUCCUGACUAUGAGUACCUGGACUGGGGUGAUGCACCUGCGUAUCAAAGUCCUGUUACGGAGCAGAAUGAACAAGCGCGACAGCUCCCGCCUAUCGACCGUCUGCCUUCGAUCCACGUCAAUCUGCCCAGUCCCAUGACUGUGUCUCCCGUGACACCGACUCAGUCGCAAUUCCAGAAUAUCAAUAUCAACAACGAUGGACCUCCAACGCCGACAGAGCGGACGUCGGGAAUCCGAAUGGUGUCAGCAGGAUCGGCGACCACCAUCCGUGGCCCACCACCCAUACUCAACGAUUCCACCCCUGAAAGCAGCCAUUAA